GCUGUGUUUUUGACCUUCAGGGCCAUGUUCACGGGCGGCAUGAGGGAGACGAGCCAGGACGUUAUUGAGCUGAAGGGAGUGUCGGCCCGCGGCCUGCGGCACAUCAUUGACUUCGCCUACAGUGCCGAGGUGACACUGGACCUGGACUGUGUGCAGGACGUGCUGGGUGCAGCCGUGUUCCUGCAGAUGCUGCCCGUGGUGGAGCUGUGUGAGGAGUUCCUCAAGGCCGCCAUGAGCGUGGAGACCUGCCUCAACAUCGGCCACAUGGCCACCACCUUCAGCCUGGCCUCGCUCAAGGAAUCGGUGGACACCUUCACCUUCCGGCACUUCCUGCAGAUUGCCGAGGAGGAGGACUUCCUGCACCUGCCACUGGAGCGCCUCGUCUUCUUCCUGAAGAGCAACCGGCUGCAGAGCUGCGCGGAGAUUGACCUGUUCCGUGUGGCCGUCCGCUGGCUGCAGCACGACCCCGCCCGGCGGCUGCGCGCCAGCCACGUUCUCUGCCACAUCCGCUUCCCGCUCAUGCGGUCCUCAGACCUGGUGGACAGCGUGCAGACUCUGGACAUCAUGGUGGAGGACGUGCUGUGCCGCCAGUACCUGCUGGAGGCCUUCAACUACCAGGUGCUCCCCUUCCGGCAGCAUGAGAUGCAGUCGCCGCGCACAGUCGUGCGCUCGGACGUGCCCUCGCUGGUUGCCUUCGGCGGCACGCCCUACACGGACAGCGACCGCUCGGUCAGCAGCAAGGUGUACCAGCUGCCCGAGCCGGGGGCCCGCCACUUCCGUGAGCUGACGGAGAUGGAGGUGGGCUGCAGCCACACGUGCGUGGCCGUGCUGGACAACUUCGUGUACGUGGCUGGGGGUCAGCACCUGCAGUACCGCAGUGGCGAGGGCGCCGUGGACUCCUGCUACCGCUACGACCCCCACCUGAACCGCUGGCUGCGCCUGCAGGCCAUGCAGGAGAGCCGAAUCCAGUUCCAGUUGAACGUGCUGUGUGGCAUGGUAUACGCCACGGGCGGCCGCAACCGGGCCGGCAGCCUGGCCUCAGUUGAGAGGUACUGCCCGCGGCGCAACGAGUGGGGCUACGCCUGCUCACUGAAGCGCCGCACAUGGGGCCACGCGGGUGCCUCGUCUGGGGGCCGCCUCUACAUCUCGGGUGGCUACGGCAUUUCGGUGGAGGACAAGAAGGCCCUGCACUGCUACGAUCCCGAGGCCGACCAGUGGGAGUUCAAGGCUCCCAUGAGCGAGCCCCGAGUGCUCCACGCCAUGGUGGGUGCCGGCGGCCGCAUCUACGCCCUCGGCGGCCGCAUGGACCACGUUGACCGCUGCUUCGACGUGCUGGCCGUGGAGUACUACGUGCCCGAGACGGACCAGUGGACCAGUGUGAGCCCCAUGCGGGCCGGACAGUCAGAGGCCGGCUGCUGCCUGCUGGACAGGAAGAUCUACAUCGUUGGGGGCUACAACUGGCGUCUCAACAAUGUGACAGGCAUCGUGCAGGUGUACAACACCGAGACGGACGAGUGGGAGCGCGACCUGCACUUCCCGGAGUCCUUUGCCGGCAUCGCCUGUGCCCCCGUCCUGCUGCCCCGGGCCAGGACCAGGAGGUAGCUCCCCAGACCCCGGUUCCCGGCCUGGCCGCCUGCUGUUUCUGUGAGGGGCUUGGCGGGUGCGCGUCUGGGCGGGGUACUUCGAAUCCCCACUCCCGCGGGCUGGUCUCACAUAGGGCACCCUCCUCACCGCUCCCCCUUCCUUCCUGAAGCAGAUUCUGGCUCUAUGCCCGGUGGGGGAGGCUGCCAGCAACAAGGCUGAUGUGGCAGCAAACUCACACCCAAGGCGGUUUCCUCGCCCACCUUGAGUUCUCGCUGGCUGGCUGGCGGGCGGGCGGGAAUCGGGGUCUCCUUUGGGGCGUCGUGGUGUGGCUUUGCCCCACUUCUCUCCCCUCCCCCUGCCCGGAGGUCUGAGAAAUUCAGAUGCGAACUCAUUCACGGUUGAUCCCCAAGUUCCCCCCAACCCCCAUGAGUUGCAUGCGUCCUUUUUAAAAUAAACACACCCCAAAUCUCUGUAACAUAUGGACCUCCAGGAGCAGGAGAAGCGGCUGGCAAGUACCUGGCUUGGGUGGCCAGAAGGGCACGUUUCGUCCUCCCCAAGAAGCCUGAGCUGCUGGGCAGGAGGGAGCCGGCACUCAUUUCCAUUCCUCGCCUGGGCCAUAGCACCUUCAGGGUGUUCUAUCGUCUGCUUUCAGGAGGAAAACAAACACAGCCAGCUCCCAGAGACAGUCCUUACGGGGAUCAGGCCUUCCCAUUUGGCCCUGGGUGAUGUGUGGGGCCUUAAUAAGAAUGGGCUGACCCUCCUCAUCCCUGUCCCUGUCCCAUGAAGGAAAGGGGACGCCUGCUUCAGAAUCUCAC